AUGCCGUCCUUUCGGUCAUCUACACCACUCCUCCUAGCCACCGUCAUCCUACUCAUCUGCUAUGCCCGCCCAACCCACGCUUUCGGCGCCGGCAACAUUGCCUCCUUCUCCAAGAUUGAGGGCCAGAAUUGGCGUCAUGGAGACCUCGAAGAUACCCUGCUUACUCUUCUCAUGACCAGCGCUCAGGGGGGAAAGAAGUUCUCGAAGCUCGACGUCAAGCGGGUCUAUUUUGGCAAUUGGUUGAGGGACUAUUCUCAGGCUGUCGAUGUUGGCACCGUCAAGAGCGUCAGCGCUGAAGCUAUCCGCCUUAUGCUCUGGAUUCUUGGCUUCUUGAGCUUUGGAUUCGGCACUGGAGAGUUUGAGGUCACUCGGGAAAGACUUGGAUGCUAUCGUCCCGAGGAGCACAUCGACAACCCAAAAGACUACGCUGACAACAUCGACGCCCGCCAGUAUGACCGCAGACUCCGCGGCCCGGUCGACGAGGAACGCGAACUCAGUGUCGACGAGCGCACCGGAAUGAAGAAUUACAUUGCCUCUGAGGACCUUGGUAUCGUGACAUCGGCUGGCCUGGUCCGUAAACUCUUUAGGCGCUCCGUAGACCUCGCUCGGCGGUCCAACAGAGGAGGUAGCAAAGCCGAUAUGUACGAAGCAUUGAGACUGUUGGGCACGGGAUGCCAUUGCUUGGAAGACUUCUCCGCUCACUCGAACUACACCGAGCUCGCACUCAUCGAGAUGGGCGAACGCAACGUUUUCCCUCACGUCGGCCGGCGUACCCAGAUUCAACUUCGCGGCGCGCGCGGGCCUGUAUAUCCUCUGGUAACAGGUACCUUUGGAGGCGUCGACUUUCUGCACUCGGUCAUGGGAGAGCUGUCAGACAAGGCUACACAGUCAGAGAUUCAAGAACUUGAGGGCACAAUGACCGCAUCUCAAAGCCAGGAGAACAAGUCCAUGGUGCAGGAUCUACUGAAGCAGCUUCCGGAUGGACUCUUUGGCGGCAAAGAUGAGGCAAGCAAAGUGGACGAGCUCUCCGCCAACAGCGCUGCGGCUCAGAUGCAAGGCAUGCAUAUCACGCCAAAGGAGCCAGAAGCCUUCAUUGAGCAAGUGAAUGAGAUUGCGAAGCAAAUAUACCCCAUCAUGGAAUUCCACGACGAGAUUAUGAAGUCUAUCACCGAGACCAUCGACAACAUCCCCAUCCUGCCGGAUCUGUUGGAACAGGUACAAGAACAGAUGAACAUCUUCGUGUUCUCCCUCCUGGCACCUUACGUGCUCCCAAUCAUCCGACAAGUCAAGACCGAGCUCGCAACCGGCUCCUCCGAGAUCAUCCAGUCCUCGAGGGAGAAGCAACUUAUAGUCUUCCACGACGACCACUCCACCGAUCCUACCCACUCCAUGCUAUCCAAAGAUCACUUCUCCAACGUGCUCAACGAGCCCGCCGGCAAAGUUGCCCAGCAGAUUCUCAGGUGGGCCGUCCCACAGCUCGUCGAGUGCUGGGACGACCCCCAGAUCGACGCCGACAGGACCAUCGACCGCAUUAUCGACGGCGUAUUUCACCACCCUGCCCUCCGCGGCGAUGGUAACGACGGCGUCAGCGAGGGCCGCGUGCUCCUUUUUGGAGUUGUCGCGCAGUGGUGGGAGGAGCAGAGCGAGCGCGCGAGAGCCGACCUGCGUGACAAACUGUCCCGCGAAGGUGUCGAGCGCGGCCGAAACCACAAGGAGGGUGUCCAUGACAAGGGCCAUGGCUGUGGCAAACCCCUCGGUAUGCCGGGCCUCGGCACCGCGUUGUCGUCCGGCGCGCCUGGCGGGAGAAACACGCGGCCGGAGCAGGCGGCUAUGCAUCAGGUCGGCAAGGCGGCUGGCGAGGCUGUCGGUGGUGGCGCCCUGGGCGGUCUCGUUGGUGGAAUCGUCGGCGGUGUCGGCGCGAGCUUGCUUGGUGAUGCGCUGGGCGGCGACGCGGACGAGAAGAAGACGUACAAGAAGGAGGGAUACGGCCGGGACGGGUCCCAUACGCAGUCGUAUAUCGAGACCGGUCGACGCGGCCCUGGUGCCGAAGGCAGGGAGGGAUAUGCGCAGGCGGGGUACAAGACUACGACUUAUCCGGGCGGUGGCCAGCGCGAGGAGUACUCCCGGUAUGAGCAGGAUGGACCGGGAGGGAGGGGCCAGGGGUAUGGCUUCACGCAGGCGGCGGAGACGAGAUAUACGGCGUCGGGCGGGUAUGAAAGGACGGAGGAGAAGCGGUACGAACGCAAUGAGGAGUGGAGGACUGAGGUGAAGCGCGAAGGUGUUGACAGUCGGGGAGAAUAUUAUACGGAGACCAAGAGGCACUCCGGCAAGUACGGCAAAAAGGCCUCCGACGAUGAUGAUGACGAUGACGACGACGACUACGAGAAAAAACAGCGCAAGCGUGAGAAGAAGGAGCGGGAGCGCCGCGAGAAGGAGGAGAAGAAGAUGCGCAAGAAGCAGUAUGGCGGCGGUCGCUCAGACGAUGACGACGACGAUGAUGAUGACGAAAAGAAGAAACGUCGUUCUGGGGGCUACGGCGGCGGCUACGGCCAGGAAUCCGGCCACGGUCGCCGCAGUUCGAGAGAACGCAAGCGCUCGGGAUCGAGGGAACGGCGCCGGUCGAAGUCGAGAGAUAGGAAUGAAGGCGGGUAUGGGCGUCAGGAGCAGUCGUCGUAUGGCGGUGGUUAUGAGGCGAAGUCUUCUGGAUAUGGGAGGCAGGAAGAGCCUGCGUAUGGCGGCGGGUAUGAAGAGCGCUCGUCGGGCUACGGCCGAACUGAGCAACCUGGCUAUGGCGGACGUCAGCGAGGCGGGGAUGACACUGAGAGAAGUUAUGGCGGUGGUCAGGAGUAUGGCAGCGGAGGUUAUGGAAGAGAGGAGCAGCCGGGCUACGGCGGAGGCUACCAGCAGCGGGAAGAGGGAUAUGGCAGGCGCGAGGAGCCGUCGGAGGGGAUGCCUGGAGCUUUCGGUGGUGGUGAUGAGGAAGAGUACGGCGAGCGGAGGCGAGGAUAUGGACAAGGUGGUGGGUAUGGUGGUGGAUACUAG